GCUAUCUGCUCAAGGCUCUCUUCGACGCAGCUUUCGUGAAGGUCUCGAUCUCGUGCCACCACGAUUGACGGUCAUCGCUAGUGGAACGCGGAGAUACUUAAACUUGCAUUCGUGUUGGAAUCCCACGCAGAAAGUAUCAACAAAAGAUAGCCAUUCGUUCAUUAGACGCCCCGUCCAUUCAUUUCACGUCGCUAGAGACAGCCGUUCUCACCACACUCGUUUCAGCCCCUACGUCUGUUUCUUAAGUUUCCUUUCCUCAAGUUCUCCCUCCUUGCCACAGACCCGAGAGUUAUAGACUUAUCUCCCGGCCUUUUGGUUGUUGACCUACGGAUUGUCAUCAUCUGACAACACGGAAUAACCAAAGUGCAGAUCAAAAUGUAUCGACACCCUUUCGCAAAUCCGGAGCAUCUCUAUGAGCGCGCAAUCACGCCCGAUGUCUACGCGGACCGCCGCUCUCAAGCAACAGGUCUCGGACCAUACACAUAUCGAAGCUUCAUGCCGAUGGCUUCUCAAUCUAGUUUCUUUUCUGACCGUCCAAAGCACCCAUUCGCUGACGUGGAACGCGGAAGAGGACGAGCAGCGUCUCUGCCUGAUGUCCGGCGACCAGUAAAUCGAUAUGAGCCGAUGACGUGGCUUGAAGAGUUUGACGAGACGCAGAGCGAACCUGGGGGAAGGAGGCGCGCGUGGAGACGUGUGAUUCGACGUAUGACCCGUCGAGCGCGCCGCGGUCUAGAGAAGGUUCGUGCGUUGCUGUAUCGGGACGACAGACGCUCGAUUUCCGGAUUUCGGUGACCUUCACACUUCGUGGACGGGACCCCCACAACACUCAAUUCGUCACUCUAAUGCCCAUAGCUACUCAUCACGCAUAUACGACUAGAAGGGUGCACGAACACAGCUGCACUUAACUACAAAAAGAAUCCGCUACGUGCAUUAUGUGUCACUAUAGACAUAGCAUGCAGGUUUACUUCUCUUAAUGAUUGAUGAAUGGAAUUGCGACAUCCCAGGGACGCUCUUUUCGUUCUAUCACACCUAUUCAUUUAUACCAUUCAUUUCCAUAUACCACCUCUCACCCUCCUCAUUGCCCUUUCCCCUGGACUCUUCAUCUUCCCAAGUGCCG